CCCCCCUGCGGGAUGCGGGACGAGCCUUAAAGAGCCCGACCCCCAGGCUUCUCUUCUGCCUCGGUCUUUUCUCGCACUUGAUGGCCCAGGCCGCUCGCUCUUCCAUCCUACGUGAGAUCCUACGUCCCGUUUGGGCGUCGCUGACAGCCCCGUGGACUCUUGCUGUCUGGAUGAAUUUGAGCGGCCUCACGAAGAAUUCCGGUUGCGUGCCAUCCACGCCAACAUGUCGUCAAUCGACCUCGACCAGGUGCUAUAUGCGCGCGCACGAUGGCGUAAGAGGAUACUGAUCCCGCUCUGGACCUUCCAGAUUGCAGUGCUACUGUGUCUGAUGGGCGUCUUCGCCUACCGCCUGGCCGAGACCUUCGAGCACUAUGAGGAGCACAACAAGCUGGGCGAGAUGCCCAUCGUCGAGGUGGUGUGGGAAGCCACCAACGUCGGCUUCAACAUCAUCGCGCUCAUCCUCACCAUACUCGAGGUCGCGCGCAAGGCAACCGAGCGGCUGACCCCGUUCAUGAUGGUGUGCACCCAGGUCGUCAAGCUGACACUCGCCGUUGCCGUGCUCGCCCUGGACAUCGUCGCGUUCCUACAGCGCAUGGACGGCCAUUACUCCACCAUCGGGCUGUCCCUGGACUGCGGUUUGCUCGCCGCAAACCUAGCAGCACUCGUCUACGCCCUGGUCACGUACCGCCGCCUGCUCAAGUACGAGGAGUACCACCUGACAGCCAACGCAAAGGCCCAAGGCUACGUGCCACACGACUCUGUCGAGCUGGGUCACAACAGCCAGCAUCGAUCCUACCCGCGGACCGUCAAGACCGAUCCCCGCUGGUCCAAGCGCUUGUCCAGCUACUCCUCCGGCUCCCCUCCUCCGACGGAGAUGGAGCCACCACCAUCGCAGCCAGCGACGGGUGGGGCCGACCUCAAGAAAGUAGUCGACCGCGCCAUCGACCAGGAACUGGGCUACGACCCCAACCCGGUCAACCGGUCGGGCAGCGUGGUCGUCGGCAGCGGGAAGGUGGCUGUGCACCACGGCAUGAUGGCAGUGCCCGCGCCGGAGCUGCAGCGGCAGCGCAGCUGGGUGACGGAGCGCGGGGUGAUUGCUGAGGCUACGGAGGUGGAGGCGGACGGGGAGGACGAUGACGGCGCGGUUCUGGGGGGUGGUGGUGGUGGUGGUGGUAAGCACUCGCAAGGGCGGCAUGCGGAUGACAGGGAGGCACUUUUAUCACCCGGGCUGGAGUCAGGGAAGUGACGGUUGUAGCGUCACCUGGCUUCCAGGGCUGUGACUGAACUGUAUGAAGGUUUCUCUUUUUUGGAUGAGACGGCGUUUCCGGUGUC